AGAGGAGUUCGCCAGACGGAAGGACCGAAAAAUAUUGCACCGCUCGCGGGACGGUGAAAUUUGGCUGUGUCUGUGUGCAAAUGUCAAAAAAUAAUUUUAGCUGCGAAAAAAAAGAUCCAUCUUGGAGACGGUUAUCCGCUAGUGCACCACUCGGACGGGAUGGGAUUGUUUGCAUAAACCAAAACCAAAUACGCUGUUUGAUGUGAGUGAAGCUUUGUCACCAAUGAAAACGACGAACGGUGCUGCAUUUAGUACCUAGCAGCCGUACAACAGCGAUGACCUUUGAGGACCAUCACCUAGUCUGCACGUCUUUUCAUUCGUCGAUUUUUUCUGGUAGGUCGCAGAUACCGUCAAAUUGGUGGAAGAGUUUAAUUGCGUUUAUCGGAAAUCAGUGCUGAAUCUGUGGAAUGUUUGGAAUAGCAAGUUAUAAAAAUAGAAGAAUCGGAUGCCGUAAACAAAGCUUUCAACAUCUAAUGGCGUGAUCGAAUUUAUUUCUCUAAACAUGUAGGAAUUUGUUGAAAAAAAAUGCUUUCUACGAUACAAACAGUGCAAGUGCGAAAAAGCAAAUUCUGUAUGUAAGAAAAAAAGCAAAAAAGAAAUCUUUACAGAAAUCGAUCUCACUGUGCAAUCCUUGGGUUACUGGUUUGCGAGUGCGAGAAGAAAAUCGUCGGGGUGGAAAAUCGACUCCCCCUGUGUGCUGCUUGCUGUCGUUGUUGGGAAUGAAGUUUCAUGCUGAAGUUCUAGUUAUGUGUGUGUAUUCGUUUGGUUAAGCCUCAAUUCGGCAAUCGAACUGAGAGACUUGUAGCGCCGCGAGUAAGAGGCUACUCAGAAUUCGGAAGGACAGUUUGCCCGUUCGGGCGGUACUGGCAGUCGGGAUAGUUUAGAGGUGAGAAAAUUUGUCCUUGUGCUCUUGUUUGCUUGCUGUUUGCUCUCAUGCUCUGAAGUUGGUGGUGUGUGCUCUGUGUAUCCGACCACCGACCCACACCCGAGUGCCCGAAAGAGUGGAGGAGUGUUCGAAAAGGUUUUUGUUAUGCUUUACAUAUCCUGCCUUGUGCAUAAACACAAAAUCCUGCGAUAACGGUGUGCGAGUGCACGUGAACUGAACCGGGUUUUCUGUUGGAGCUGCUGUAGGUGGAGGUCGCGCAGCACGAUCCCGAUAAUUGCUUUCAUUCAGUGCGGUUCAACGGGCAACCUAAUUAACACACAGAGGAACAUUUGAUAACAGACCCGGUGACAUCCAUUAGUUGUGUCAGUCGUUUGUCGAAAAUGUACUGAAGGUGACUAACCAAGGGCCACGUCAGGCCUUUCGCAACCAGCAACACACGCAAUCGUCAAAGUUGCGCGAUUUAGAACUAGCUAACCUUAGCAAACCAGCGCCGGAUUCGAUUUGGCACCUGCUUAUAUGGCCGACAGUGUCGCCACCAGUGACAGCGCCAUGUUGACAACGGUAACAAGUGGAGGGGCAGCUGUUCCCGCAGGACAUCAUGAGUUAACCGAGGUGUCAGUGGUGGACAUUAAUGCAUCGUUAACUGCCUCGGCCCCGCUACUGUCAACGCCCAUGUCCUCCGCUGCAGCGUGUGUGGUAAGCUCCACGGUUCCCCAAGUGACGGCAGGCAACCAUCAAUCGUCCCAAGCGGCAGCCCUUUUGGCCGGUGCCGGUAGCGGUGGGAAUCUCUUCGGCAGCUUAUCCAACAGUGCGGAUUUGACCGCAGUGGCGUACAACUCGUACACCCAGAAUGUGCGCUGCCGUUCACCACCGACGCUGGUCGACAAUCUCAAGAACGGAACGAUCGGGAACUCUCAAAGCGCUCUCUGCAAUGGAACCAUCAUGACAAAUGGCCAAACCAAGGAUUCCAACCUGCCCCACGGGCUGGUGCGAAAGGUACUAAACAACAGUGAGAAUGGGCAAAAGAAGGGCAUGGUGUCACUAACGCACCUUCCGAAGCGGCCCCCGAUCGAUAUUAACUUCAACGAUCUGGCAUAUUCGGUAUCGGAGGGACACAAGCGUAGCUACAAAACAAUACUCAAAGGUAUCAAUGGAGAGUUUCGGUCAGGCGAGCUGACCGCUAUUAUGGGUCCGUCCGGAGCCGGCAAAAGCACCCUAAUGAACAUUCUGGCAGGAUAUAAAACAUCGAGCUUGAUAGGAUCGGUAUUGAUCAACGGGAAGCAAAGAAACCUGCGCAAAUUUCGCAAGCUGUCCUGCUACAUCAUGCAGGACGACCGAUUGCUGCCGUACCUAACCGUACGGGAAGCGAUGAACGUAUCGGCCAAUCUGAAGCUCGGAAAGGACAUCCCGAUGGAAUUGAAGAAGGAAAUCGUCGAGGAAAUCAUCGACACCCUCGGGCUGCUGGAUGCGGCCAACACUCUGGCACUGAACCUCUCUGGGGGCCAGCGAAAGCGACUCUCAAUCGCCCUAGAAUUAGUCAACAACCCACCGGUCAUGUUUUUCGACGAACCAACCAGCGGACUGGACAGUGCGACCUGUUCCCAGCUGAUCUAUCUGCUGAAAUCACUGGCCCGCGGAGGUCGGACCAUUGUCUGCACCAUCCAUCAACCGUCCGCGAGGAUAUUCGAAAUGUUUGACAAUUUGUACGUAUUAGCGGAAGGACAAUGUAUCUAUCAGGGGCUGGUCAACGGAUUGGUGCCGUUUCUGGCAUCACUGGGACUGGAAUGCCCCAGUUAUCACAAUCCAGCGAAUUAUGUGAUGGAAGUCGCCUGCGGAGAGCACGGCGAUUGGAAUAGCAAACUCGUAACAGCCGUUAACAAUGGCAAAUGUAACAACUACAACCAACCAGUACUAACUCAAAGCAAGCCGCAGAAAAAUGUAGACCUAGAAGAUGAGCAACCGGCGGAAAAAAUCGUCACGGUAUUGUCGCUGGCAGCCGGUCAGGACGAUCUGAAAAAACAGACCGCGGUCGAGUUUACCGCCAUCAAUAUGCCUCCACUGUCGGAACCACUCAACAAUGAUAGUAAAUUUUCAACCGCCCUAGUUAGCAGUAGUAGUAGCCCCAAAGCGACGACGGAUCAACAAUCUCCGGAAUGUGCAACGAUGAACACCCUAGCCACCAGCGCUGGUGCUGGUGGUGUUUGCGGCACUAGUGGAACCACUGGAAUGGGACCACUGGCGGCCUCAUCGAAGCCAACUUGCACAACCUCGCUGCUGGAUUCGACCGAAAGCGUCAGUAUUGCGAUACCGAAAAAGCUUACCGGCUUUCCCACUUCCGGUUGGAUGCAGUUUUGGAUUCUGCUGAAGCGAACCUUCAUCACGAUUAUGCGUGACCAAACUCUCACCCAGAUGCGGCUGCUGUCGCACGUCAUCGUCGGAGCCAUCAUCGGUAUGAUCUACUACGACAUCGGAAACGAGGCGUCCAAAAUUAUGAGCAACGCGGGCUGUCUGUUCUUCACUACCAUGUUCACAAUGUUCACAGCGAUGAUGCCAACUAUUCUCACCUUUCCAACCGAAAUGGCGGUGUUCGUGAGGGAACAUCUCAACUAUUGGUACUCUCUAAAAGCGUUUUACUUUGCGAAAACGGUUGCUGAUCUUCCGUUCCAGGUACUAUUCACUAGCGUAUACGUAAUCGUCGUCUACUAUCUAACAUCGCAGCCAAUGGAACCGAAGCGGGUUGCGAUGUUCGUCGUGAUCUGCAUCCUGACGUCGCUGGUAGCGCAGAGCCUGGGGCUGCUGAUCGGUGCAGGCAUGAGCGUAGAAACGGGCGUCUUUCUGGGGCCUGUUUCCACCAUCCCAAUAAUCCUGUUCUCCGGUUUCUUCGUUAAUUUCGACGUCAUUCCGACGUACCUGCAGUGGCUGACGUACGUCAGUUACGUCCGGUACGGAUUCGAGGGCGCCAUGGUCACCGUGUAUGGCAUGAAACGGGCGAAGCUGGAGUGCAGCGAAGUCUACUGCCACUAUCGCAACCCGCAAAAGUUUCUCGAAGAAAUGUCAAUGGACAAGGCCGAGUACUGGAUCGAUGCGACCGCCCUUUUGGGAUUCUUCAUCGGGCUGCGCGUCAUUGCGUACUUUGUGCUACGCUGGAAACUGCAUUCCAUCCGUUAAAGUUGCCCAUAGAAUUACUUCAGAGUGCAAACGUCACCGGUCAAUAAGGUUAUCUUUUUUUUCGUUGAAUCUGCAACUAAUGUAGCAUUCUGCAAUGUCGUACGCCGAAUAUAAAGUAAUUUUUACAUUUAGCAACCCUAUAAUAAGCUCAUUUUUUGACGAAAACAUACACAAUGUUGCAGACUGGAAAUGUCAUUUUUUAGCAAAACAUUUCCUCUAAACAACAUAUAUCUUUUGUGUUAAAAUAAUUUCGUGAAACUCCACACAUCAUCGGUUGAUAUAAUUUGAUAAGUUCAUCUUCUCAUUAAAAAGGUUGCUCAAAAAUGAUAAUUUCUAGUUCGAACGCAACAUAAUCAAGUAACAUGCUGUAAGGAUACAAUUCACGUAUUUACACAAACCACGAACACCAUUGCGAUUAGAGUAGAACUCAACAUAACGAAAGCCAGACCACAAACGAUUCCACAUACACACACACACAUACCUACAGAAACCCGUUUAGCGAAACGUAAUAAUCAUCAAUGUAGAGCUACCACUAAGCCAGAAACCCAACCAGAAUCAAGCCAGCUGAUAUACCAUAGUGAUUAAGGCGGUACUCGAAGCGAUAACGAAAAACAGAAAAAAAGUAAAAUAACCGAGCAGAGAACAAACUGAGGCGUAAUCACCUACAAAAGUACGACACAGACAGACACCCGGAAGUAAUCCACCAAAUUGCAUUUCUAUAUUUCUUUUUCGCCACAUUGGCGAAUAAGCAACAUCCAAAGCUGCUGGAUUUCAAAAGUAUUCAACUUUCGGUUUCUUUUCAUCUUCUCCGGUAAGCCAUCCAAACUACUGAAAAAAAAACAGUAUAAGCAUUUUGAAAACGUAAAACCAAAAAGCAACAAGCGUAUGGGAAGAUUGAGUGUCUAGAAUCGAUUGAAAAGUAACGAUGGAAUUCACGUGUGAUAGGCAGUUCAAUUAACUUGCAAUCGUUGAUAAGUUAUUACUUUAGAUGAACUAUGAAAGAAAAAAUUACAUCAGUAUGUGAAAAGUUUACUUUAAGUGAAGCAGGAAUUAUGAUGCAAGAGGUGAGUCGGAGCUAAUAUUUUCGCUAUAAUAUUUACUGUAAUUUAUUAAGGGGGGACCCUACUCUAGAAGGUCGAAAAAUCACGAAUUUUCAUAUUUUUUUUAGCUGUCUAGAGUAAAGUGAAGUGUUUGGCUAUUUUGGCUAUUGAUUAAGGUAUAUUUGAAGAUGUAUUUUCCAUGUCGUGAAUGUAAAUAUAGUGAGUAUUACACUGUUGGCAGCUGGGAACGUGGAUGCUCUCUCUAAAUCAGUACCUAACUGGUGGUAAGUUUUUCUCUGCUUCUAGUAGACCGAUCGGGCUGAAUUUUUUUUUCAGUAUAUAGAAAUAUAUUAUCUAUCUUGUUACGUAGCCGUUUUUGAAAAUUCCAAAAAUUGCCAAAAUGGCGGCCAUUUUAGUAAAAAAUUGUUUUUUUUUUCAUGAAAAAUCACUAUUUAAAAAAUCAUAAAACAAUGAAAAACUCAGAUAUCAAAAAAUGGCUACGUAACAAGUUAGAUAAUCCAUUUUUACAUGUUAAAAAAAUUUCAGCAAAAUCGGUUCGGUAGAUGCUGAGAAAAGUUUACCACCAGUUGAAAAAACAUGGUUUCGAGAAAAACACUGCCAAUAGCGUAAUACUCACUAUAUUUGCACCCAGGGUACACAAAAUACAUCUUCAAAUAUACCUUAAUCCAUAGCCGAAAUGCCCGAACACCUCACCUUUCUCUAAACAUCCGAAAAAAAUAUCACGAAAAUUCAUUAUUUUUCAACUUUCCAGAGUAGGGUCCCCCCUUAAACACACCAGUGUACUUCUGAUCAGCGGCGCAUGGUUCUAUUUAGUAAAUUUAGACCCUUUGUUUGUAAGUGAAGUACUAAUCAUAAUUAAAGCAGUAUACACGAACAUUAUUUAUAGUUUGUAGUUCGCAUAAGUUUUCAAUUGAAACUCUGUGUUUGAAUUGCACGAACGGAAAAAAGGCAGCCACGCGGAGGCCCCGAACUGGAAAGUCGUCCCCAGACAGUAGAAAGACGACGAAAACUGAUCUGAGAAUGAAAACGAAGGGAGGCUAAUAAAACAUUUUGAUGAUUUUUAGCUGCGAUUCAGUGUGAUAUGAAACUUGAUUUCAUCAAUUUUUAAUAUAAGCAUAAA